GUUCAUCCCUCAUCCCUGUAACAAAGUGCGAUUAUUUUCCCACCAUCCUGUGACCACCACCCUGCUCCCCUCUACUCCCGGUCAACUGUUUAAUGCCCGAUCCACCGACUCCUCGAGAAGAACGACAGCCCACCCACUACGAUGUCCUCCAGCUUGAUCGCCAUGCAGACUGGAGCCGCUUGACCCUAGACAACAUCAAAGCCGCAUACCGGCGUGCACUGCUGAUCCACCAUCCAGACAAAACUAUCAUCAGUUCGAGGCCGGCGCAGCCCACCCCAACGUGUACAUAUUCCAUCGAUGAUAUUGCGGUUGCAUACGAGGUUCUAUCCGAUCCCGCAAAGCGCAGGGCAUACGAUGCAACACUUGACACGCCGAAUGGCUCAGUAUUGACGGAAAAGAGCGCGCACAUCGGCGUGGAAGCGUUCGACCUAGAAGAUUUGAAUUAUGACGAGACUGAGAGCAUCUGGUCGAAGAGCUGUCGUUGUGGUGAUGAGCAUGGCUAUAUCUUGACAGAAUCAGACCUGGAAAGGGAGAGUCAACAUGGAGAGGUCUAUGUUGGCUGUCGAGGUUGUAGUCUGUUCAUCAAAGUCUUGUUUGGACUUCAGGAAUGAUAACAAGCCUUGCCGCAUCUCUUUCUCGGAAUGUGAGUGUUUAUCACGCUUCGCCUUGAGUGGCUUCCUGGUCCAACUUCUUCAGCGCUUCGAUGGCCCCAUCGACAUCUUCGGACCGACCCUUCACGACUGCCUCGAAUUCCCCUCUCAUGGCAAUAUAUGCAUCCGCCAGCUCUUGAGUGUGCUUGACGAUUUGAGCCUCUAUUUCACCUUUGCGUAGUGUCAAUGUGAGGAGUU